AUGAGCGGAUCGUGUGCAGAGUACUACCGACUGCGGGCGUCCGAGAUCACGGGACAGCUAUCGUCGUGGUCGCGGUCGGCGGCCGUUCGGGACGAGUCGUUCAUGAGGCUGUUGCGGACCAAAAUCGAGCGGCGGACGCGUUACGCCGACGCGGUGGACCGGACUUUGCGGAACGCUGUAGCCGAAACACGGCUCGCGCUCGAAGCUAACAACGAGCGCGCGGCAGCCGCGUCGGGCAGAGCGGCGGUCGAGCUUGAGCGUUUCGCAAAUGAAUUGCAGCGGGCCGGCUAUGACGGUGGCGAGGCCACAGCAGCUGCGUUAGACGCGGAGAACCAGCGACUUAGCGAUAUCAUAAAUCUGAGGCGCACAGCCCUUGAGAAGGCCACGACCCACGGCACUGUCAAAACGGCUGGCGAUCAAUUGCGACAAGACCAGGCUGUCAACGACCGGAUGACGCGUAACCUGAUAGCCGCCGCUUUAGAGCCCCAGGAACCCACAUCUUCGCAAGACAGUGAAUCUGAGGAGCACAGUGCUUGCAAAGUUGCAAAGGUCGUAGUCGGCGACCGAUUUCGCCAGGACCGAUCUGUGAACGACAUCACAGCGCUUAACGCGACGACCGCCGUCCGCUGCGCACUUGUUAUUAGUCACGACCGCGUGCUGUGGUUCCCGCGGCCGUUACGUGCAGGUGAUUUGCGGCUAUAUAGACUUUUGCACGCAACAGCCGCACGAACGAUAUUUUCCGAACGGUUUCAGGUUGCAAACAUGCCAACAUGUGACCAGCCUUGGAUGAUCUUGGAGGAUCACAACCAGUAGUAUACUAUUCGCUAUUCACACGGACCGCUCAUCGUAUUAGGAAACACUCUACUUAUAUUGGGCGUGUCUGCAGUGGAAGUUCAAUAGUGAAGAGUGACUACCGGCUACGAUGCUUGCAUUAGUGCAGCAAAGGGCUGAUGACGUGUUAAAUUGUUUUCCGUGUAAUACUGUAAUGCUUUCAAACUAUAUAUACGUUAUAACUUUAAAAAAAAAAAGUUUUUUAUUUUUCGAACUCAAAAAUUUACUAUACCUAGUUAAGUAAUAAGUAUACGUAUAAAUACAUAUUUUAUGCUUUACAAGUAGGUAUAAUGGUAGAUGAACACUACCUACACAACACGGUGGUCGAUUUGAAGAAGAAUCAUUCUGGACCCACUAAAUACGUCACGGCCUACCACAUCACAAAACUAAACGUGCAACAGUAGCAUAUAUAGAGGGAGGAGGCUGAACCACUAUAAGUUCAACCUCCCCCUCCCGAAAUUUAUUGUUGGUACGGCACACAUUGCACACUUUAUGACCCUGACUCGAAAAUUGAAUUAUUUAUAAUAUUAAUUCAACAUAAUUUUUUUUAUAACCCCCCUCCCUCCCACGAAAUUAACUGCUAUAUACGCCACU